CUGCGAUAGCUCGAUACUUUCAUUAGCUGAUAAUUUCACAACAAUUGGAAAAAGCAUUGUUUGGUGAAAUACCAUAGAAAUAUUAUUGCAACAAGGGUGCAAUUGGCUCCCCAUUAUAUUGGGCAUCUAUUGUGCCACAACUUUCACUUGUCCUCCACCGCAGGCACAUCAAAGUCCACCUGCAACCCGUCGCUGGUCAGGAUUUGGACAGAGGCUUGUUUGUAAACUGCCACAAUUACCACCGAUAUAGAAGUCGAUCUUCUCAAUCCAAGUUCCAAUAGAAUGUCGUCACCAUGGGUUAAGACCAGCGAGCCUGUGCAGCAGGUGAAUCUGGCGGAUAUAAUGUCGGAGCAAUAUGCCCACAAGUUGCACGACAAGGAGCUGCAGCGCCACACGGAGAAUCUGAAAAGACCGGACGAGCAGAUAGCACCCGCUUGGGGGGCGCAGGCCUCAUCCCCGCCAGCGCCCAGUGCUCUGAGUAAGCAAAGUGAUGCGGAGGAAUGGGAGGAUUACUCUGCGCUUCUCAACGACGAAGGAAACCUACCGGAGGAUAUUCAGCUGCCGGAAGACAGCGAUGCUGUAAUCGCUCAGCUGUUGCAGUCCCAGUUCGAUCACGAGUACAACGAGGAAUUGCGUCGCAUCGAGCGGCAGCAAAACAAGCAGUCCAAGGUCACUGUUACCCUCAAUAAGUUCCUACGCGAUGGCGAUGCCGAGUUCUUGCACGACACCGCCGAAGAUGACUACGAGGAGGAUGAAUUGGAGCAACUGAAGCACGACUGGGAUCGAUUCGAGGACAAUGAACGGCAGCUUGACUCCAUCCCACGCUGCGGCUUUAAAGUUAACAAGGAGGGCGAGAUGAUAACAAAGCACGAUCCGCAGCUGUGCGCCGUGCGUAAUGCCCAGCGCGUGAUGUCCUUUCCGCCGGAGUUUCCCACCGGCGAUGCUGCCGGCUUCGACAUGAAGCUCUCCAAUAAGGUGUUCAACCAACUAAGAGCCCAUUCUCGACGAGGCCGCUCCGACAAACACGAGAAAGUGGCCACCGCGGAGAUGGGAUUGGAUGCGGCCACACGUUUGCUGUUGUACAAGCUGAUCAACAACCAAAUACUGGAGCAGAUCAACGGCAUCAUAUCCACGGGCAAGGAGGCGGUCAUCUUGCACGCCAACUCUGAUGCGAACUAUACGGGCAGCAACGAGCAUGGUCACCAGAGUGGUGUGCUCGUUCCGCCGCAGCUUCUGCCCCGGGAGUGUGCCAUCAAAAUCUUUAAAACCACGCUCAACGAGUUCAAGCAGCGUGAUAGAUACAUCAAGGAUGACUACCGGUUCAAGGAUCGCUUUAGCAAGCAAAACCACCGGGUGAUCAUCAAUAUGUGGGCAGAGAAGGAGAUGCAUAAUCUGAUGAGGAUGCAAGCCAUCGGCUUAAACGUUCCAGACGUGGUUGUGCUGAAGAAGCACGUGCUGGUAAUGCGGUUCAUCGGUGACAAUCACAACGCUGCGCCCAAGUUAAAGGAUGCCCGCCUGAGCGACGCGGAGCUGAGCUGCGCCUACGAAGAGAUUGUGGCCGCGAUGCACAAGUUGUACAAUGAGGCGAAGCUGGUGCACGCCGAUAUGAGCGAAUAUAACAUACUCUGGUUCGAGGGCAAGUGCUGGUUUAUUGAUGUGGCUCAGAGUGUCGAACCGAAGCAUCCUAGUGCUCUGGAGUUCCUGAUGCGGGAUUGCGGCAACAUUGUUAACUUCUUUGAACGACGCGGCCUGCCCAACAUUUACACCAAGGAGCAGUUGUUCGAGUUUAUUACGGGUCUGAAUUCAGAGGUCCACACCGCCGCUCAGCUGGAGCAGAUCCACACGCGUGGCGCUUCGAUUAGCCAAGCCACAGCUCCGAAUCAGGAGGAGUGCCCCGACGAACUGAAACCCUUGGAGUAUCCCUUUGAGCUGGCCUGGGAAAAAUCUCAGCAAGAUCGCGCGGCUCAAAAGGCUCUGCAGCAAGCGCAGGAUAAUAACGACAACAAAACCGACACGGACAAGGAUCAAGAGACCGAUGACAACGAGAACGAUAGUGACGACAAGGAAAAGAUUAACAAAACUGCCAAUCAUUGAAACUUCUAAAGUGUGGACUCAUUUAGUUUAGUUUUUAAUUGAUAUUAAGAGUUUGGCCACAGAGAUUCCAUAGCUUGUAGUCAAGCAACUUGACUAUAAAAAUCCCUAAAAAAAGGAAUAAAUUGUUCUGUUUUCCACCCAUGGAAA